CUGCGAGCGGUUCGUUGUGUACUCCAUAAAUAAACCGAUCUUUACCUGUGCUUUGAAGACGAACGGAACAUCCUGCUAAGAAUAUCUAAGCCGAUCCAACCACCGUACUCACCCUGUUCACAUCAUUCACGCCAUGGAGCCACAAUACAACCGAAUUGCUGUGUAUGGCCAUCGUGGCUGGGCAAGCUCCAAGAUACUCGAGGCUCUUGCCGCUUCCAAAGCCCCAAUUAAGGUCCUGUAUCGCCCAGGUUCCGAUGUCUCGGGUCUUCCACCUCAUGUUUCGAAAGAGGAGGUGGAUGUGGAAGAUCAGGCGGCACUCGUAGCAGCUUUACAAACCAUCGACAUUGUUAUUUCUCUGGUCGGACAUGAGGGAGUGUCGAGGCAGCAUGCGUUCGUAAAAGCAAUCCCUCACACUAAGGUCCAGCUUUUCUCGCCUUCCGAUCUUGCGGCGCGUUAUGAUGAACAGGGGAAUCGUGUUCCUGUGAAUAAGAGCAAGCUGGAGGUUGAAGUCGCCGCAAAGGAAGCUGGAAUCCCUAUCACGGUCGUGUUAACGGGAAACUUUGCUGAGUUCGCAUUGAAUACUCUGGCCAUGGGUGUGGACCUUGUGAAAAAUAGAAUCAUCUUCAGUGCAAAUAGUGGUGAGGAGAGCUUGAACUUAUGCACAAGGAACUAUGUCGGAGCUGCCUACGCAUCAAUUUUUUCUAGCACACCAAUCUCGGACCUGAAAACCGGAGUAAUCGGUCUUUCAGAGUUGAAGGCGACUGGUAACGAUAUAACAGCUUCUUUUGAACUCAAGCAUGGGAAUAAGCCUGAGAUUUUCAAGCACAGCUCUAAAAAGGUUGAAGAUGAAUUUGAAUACGCAAUAUCGAAUAGCAUCCCGUUUUCGCUCGCCUGGUACUGCCGCAAGAUCUGGGGGGCUGGACAGCUGGAGACGAUGACGGGAACCGAUAUUUGGGAAGUUCCAGGCUACGCAAAAGUUAGUCUUGAGGACUUGAUAGUCAGAGGGAAGAUCGGAGCGUAUCGAGAGAUGCCUCCACCUGUGGUGGAGUACUUCGAUGCUACUUUCUGCAACGAUGAACGAUAGAGACGUGCUUGGUGUAGCCGUGUAUAUGGACUUGCUGCGUCGGGUCGUGAUACAGUCGGUCGUUCAAAGCCCGGCCAAUCAUGAGAAAAGCUUAAUUAUCAUCAGUAGAUUUGCCUUGCAGUGGAAACUUUUCUCUCUUGCUAUGUUUUAGUCGAAAAGAUCAUGUCACAUCCAUCUACAGCAAUCGCCGCUAGAAGACGGAGUCGUCGUUGCGAUAUGGAGUUACUUGCUUUUUCCAAGUUCAGGUAUUUCAGCUAUGAUGCUGUUAACAUCUAGCUGAACUGUUAGUCCGCGACGCUUUCGGCAUCGACUAAUUAUCGUAUCUUUCUUCUAUAACCACGGUCCUUACG